AUGGCACGGAAGAAACGAAUAGAGUCUGACGACGAUAGCGACUUCAGCUCAGGUGAUGAGAAACCAAAGAAGAAAGCAGCUAAGAAGCGACAAUCUUCACCAGCGAAGUCUCCACCAGGUCUCAAGAGAAAGCAGGCCAAAACCAACACACCGGCCAAGUCCACUAAAGCUGUCUCGAAGGAUAACAAGAAGAAAGCAGAACAGAGACAAGAUGCUAGUUCGUCUGGAGAGGAAAACGAAUUCGUCGAAGAAUUUGAGAGCGAAGAUCUUCUGAGAAUGGUGAUACCUCCAAGGCCACAACCGUGCAUGAAACCAGAUGGUAGCGGAGCUAGACUCGUCAUUAGAGAAAUCGUUGCCACCAAUUUCAAGUCUUAUUACGGAAGACAGAGGAUUGGCCCAUUUCAUAAGAAUUUCACUGCCAUCAUAGGUCCUAAUGGCUCAGGAAAGAGUAAUGUUAUUGACUCGCUGUUAUUCGUUUUCGGCUACAAGGCCUCGAAGAUUCGCUCCAAGAAAUUAUCUGUGCUUAUACAUUCGUCUAGAGGUCACGAUGAUAUCAAUAGCUGUUCUGUCGAAGUGUUUUUCGAGCAGAUUGUUGACAAGGACGGGCAUUUUGAAGUUGUUGAAGGCAGCGAGUUCAGCGUUUCGAGAACUGCUUACAAAAAUAACAACAGUGUGUAUGCUUGGAACGGCAAGACAAUGUCUAUAAAAGAAAUAGCUGUUCGUCUGAGAGAUCUCGGAAUCGACCUGGUUCACAAUCGUUUCCUUAUUCUGCAGGGUGAAGUAGAGCAGAUAGCCAUGAUGAAGCCCAAAGGUGAAUCCGCACAUGAAGAAGGCAUGUUGGAAUAUCUGGAAGAUAUCAUUGGUUCUAGUCGUUUUAGGGUACCUAUUGAAAAACUAUCCGCAAAGGUGGAAACUCUGAAGGAGCAAAAAUCCCAAGCUUUACAACGGGUUCGAGCAGCUGAUAGGGAAAAAGUAGCUCUUGAAGGACCAGUCCGUGAAAUGAUCUCGUACCUGAAGGCCGAAAACCACGCUGUACUUCUGAGAAACCAGCUUUUCCAUAUCAAGCUUUUCAAAAUUCUGGAAGAAGUCGAGGCAGUUCAGCCGCUGCGAGAUGCUGCUUUCGAGAAGAAAAGCGGAGUAGAUAAAGCUCUGAAAGAUGUCCUUGACGCUCGUGAAGCAGACAAUGAUCGACUUGAAGCUGCUCAAAGGGACGAAACGCGUGUUCGUGGUGAAGAGAAGGCCGUCCGUGAUGAAAUUGGCGCUCUAGAGCGGUCAGCUAAGGCGCGAGCGAAUACUCUGAAGCGAAACGUGGCUGACAUUUCUCGAGUAGGGGACGAGAUCGAAAAGGAAAAACAGAAGCUUGAAGAACUGAAAGGAGUUCCUGCGAAAGCUGCCGCUAGACUGGAGGUUUUGAAGGCCUCCAUCGUCGAACUAAAUGAGCUGGAACGCAGCUGGGGUUUCGCCAACAUUGCAUCUUCUCGUCCAGUUACUGUAGUGCUGGAAGUCUGCUUGCGCUCACGUAGGGCUGUUCUGCUUUUCUUUUUCUUUGUUACCAUGGGACCACUGCAAGUAUUUUGA